GGAAGGAAGGAAGGAAGGAGCUGAAGAAGAGAGAAGGCGCUCCGGGUGCCUGGAGGGGAAGCGGGCAAGGUGGACUCCAACUUGGGCUCCUGAAGCGGACCGGGGGUCAUUUUUGGCUUCGCCUGCGUGGCUUGGCCUCUCCUUCUCCCGGCGGAGGAGGGUUGGCCAAGAAGGCUCCGCCUUUGCUUCUCUUCUGGCAGCCGAGUUGGGAGCUGCGGGCGGAGGAAGAGGAAGGAGAGAAGGAGGAGGAGGAGGAGGAAGAGCAGGGGGAGGCCUUCCUCGCCCAGGAGGGUGGGCUUCCUCCCCGUGGACCCGCCACCCUCGGCGUGGGCUGCAAAAGCGAGCCAAGGAGGGAGGCAGGCUUCGCGGUGGCUCUUCUCCCGACUCUGCAGCCUUCCUCUUCUUCUCCACAAGCCCAGGACUAGAGGCAGCCCAGAAGAGAGGAGAGAGAGUGGACCCAACAGCCUUCCUCUUCCUCCUCCCCCCAAGCAGCUGACACAAGCCUAGGACUUGAGGCAACCCUUGGAGAGACCCUUCCUCCUCCUCCUCUUCUUCUUCCUUCUCCUCUUCAGGAUCUUUUGGAGGAAGCCCAGGAGACAAGAGCCUUCCUCCUUCUUCUCCUCCUCUUCUUCUCUGAAGCAGCUGACACAAGCCCAGGACUUGAGGCAACUCCAAAGUCGGGGAAUCCGACCCCAUCGCCUUCCUCUUCUUCCUCCUCCUCUUCAGGAUCUUUUGGAGGAAGCCCAGGAGACAAGAGCCUUCCUCCUUCUUCUCUUCUUCUUCUCUGAAGCAGCUGACACAAGCCCAGGAUUUGAGGCAACCCUCCGAGAGACCCUUUCUCUUUCUUCGUCCUCCUUCUCCUCUUCAGGAUCUUUUGGAGGAAGCCCAGGAGACAAGAGCCUUCCUCCUUCUUCUCCUCCUCUUCUUCUCUGAAGCAGCUGACACAAGCCCAGGACUUGAGGCAACUCCAAAGUCGGGGAAUCCGACCCCAUCGCCUUCCUCUUCUUCCUCCUCCUCUUCAGGAUCUUUUGGAGGAAGCCCAGGAGACAAGAGCCUUCCUUCUCCUCCUCAUCUUCUUCCAAGCAGCUGACAUAAGCCCAGGACUUGAGGCAACCCCAAAGUCCCAGCCGCCUUCCUCCUUCUCGUCUCCAGGAUCUUCUGGGGGCAGCCCAAGGGACAAGAGCUUUCCUCCUCCUCCUUCUCCUCCUUCUCCUCUUUUCCCAAGCAACUGACAGAAGCCCAGGACUAGAGGCAACCCAGAAGUCGGGAGAUCCAACCCAGCCGCCUUCCUCCUCCUUCUCGUCUCCAGGAUCUUCUGGGGGCAGCCCAAGAGACAACAGCCUUCCUCCUUCUCCUCCUUCUCCCAAGCAGCUGACACAAGCCCAGGACUAGAGGCAACCCCAAAGUCGGGAGAUCUGACCCAGCCGCCUUCCUCCUCUCCUCCUCUUCAGGAUCUUUUGGAGGCAGCCCAAGAAACAAGAGCCUUCCUCUUCCUCCUUCUCCUUCUCCUCUUCUCCCAAGCAGCUGACACUAGCCCAGGACUUGAGGCAACCCUAAAGUUGGGAGAUCCGACCCCUUCCUCUUCUAGAUCCUUUGGGGGCAGCCCAGAAGGCAAGAGCUCGGACCCACCACCUUCCCCCUCUUCUUCUUGCCUCAAGCCCCUUCUUCAAGCCUGGGUCUGGCUGGGAAAGGUAACCCAGGAGUGAAAAGUGUGGGCAAGCCACCUUCAUCUCUCUCUUCUCUCCAAGGCGGAGGCUUCAAAGCACAGUUACACAAGCCCCAAAAGCUUGGACUCAGGUGUCUUCCUCUUUCUCUCUCUGUUGGGUCUCCUUCCACAAGCUCAGAGGUCGCUGAAGUGGGCUUGGAAGCAACCCAGAAGGAAGGAGUUUGGACCCACCUGCCUUCUUCUCUCGUCCGCUGAGUCCAGGUCUCGCUGAGUUGGUUUGGAGGCAACCUAAAGGACCCCACUUGUAUCCACUCCUCUUUUGACCCCUGGGAGUGGGACCAAAGAAGGGUGAAGGGAGACCCAUCAAAGCAGCCAAGGCACCCUUUUCCUCCAUUAUUCUCCCAAAGGAAGUUUGGCUCCAUCAUCCAGGGUGCUCCCACGGCCUGAUGGGUUUCUGAUGGUCUCCUGCUGACAAGCUGGGAAGAGCAUGGUCAAACACCAGCCUCUACAGUACUACGAGCCACAGUUAUGUUUGUCAUGUCUGACGGGGAUCUAUGGCUGCCGCUGGAAAAGAUACCAGCGGUCACAUGAUGACACCACCAAGUGGGAACGCCUCUGGUUCUUAAUCCUCACCUUUUCUUUCAUCCUGACCCUGGUCUGGUUUUAUUUCUGGUGGGAAGUUCACAAUGACUACAAUGAAAUCAACUGGUUUUUAUACAAUAGAAUGGGAUACUGGAGUGACUGGACCAUUCCAAUCCUCGUCACCACGGCUACUGGCUUCACAUAUAUCACAGCUUUAUUGAUUUUAGCUCUGUGCCACAUAGCCGUAGGACAACAAAUGAACUUGCACUGGAUCCACAAGAUUGGGUUGGUGACGACCUUGAUAUCGACCGUCGUCACGAUGUGCUCGAUAGCCCAGCUGUGGGACGAUGAGUGGGACAUGGUGGUUAUAUCACUACAGGCAACGGCUCCUUUCCUGCAUAUCGGGGCCCUUGUGGCUGUUACGGCACUCUCCUGGUUGAUCUCUCUCCAGUUUGCAAGAUCUGAAAGAGCCACCUCUCAGGUGCUGACAUUUGCAGCCUACUUUGCGGUGGUCCUCGCUCUUUACCUUAUCCCGCUCACCAUCUCUUCCCCUUGCAUAAUGGAGAGGAAAGACCUGGGACCCAAGCCUGCCAUUAUUGGUCAUGGUGGAGCACCCAUGCUGGCACCAGAAAACACGCUGAUGUCCUUUCAGAAGGCAGUGGAGCAGAAAGUCUAUGGAGUGCAAGCAGAUGUAGUGAUAAGUUAUGACGGAGUACCUUUCCUAAUGCAUGACAAGACACUACGGAGGACAACUAAUGUAGAAGAAGUGUUUCCACAACUGGCUUAUGAGCAUGCUUCCAUGUUCAACUGGACUGACUUGGAGGUGCUCAAUGCUGGUGAAUGGUUCCUCAGGACUGAUCCUUUCUGGACCGCCAGCUCCCUCUCCCGUUCCGAUUUCGUGAAGGCUGCCAACCAGUCCAUCUGCAAACUGGCCGACCUGCUGGAGACGGUCAAGGGCAACGCCAGCGUCCUCCUCAACCUCCAGGACUUGCCCCUGGACCAUCCCUACUACAACUCCGCCAUCAACAUCACUUUGGAAACGGUUCUUGAAUCGGGCAUCCCUCAGCAGGCUGUAAUGUGGCUGCCCAAUUCGGACCGGACGAUGGUUCAGGAAAUUGCUCCCGGUUUCCAGCAGACGUCUAGCACCAAGGGAGAGGCACAGCAGCUGCGGGACAGAGGUUUCCAGAAACUGAACCUGCGCUACACCAAGGUCACCGGUGAAGAUAUCAGGGAAUACGCAGCUGCAAACUUGAGCGUGAACCUGUACAUUGUGAACGAACCCUGGCUUUACUCCAUCCUUUGGUGCAGCGGGGUCCAGUCGAUCACCUCUGACAACGUGCCCACCCUCAGCAAGAUGUCUUCUCCUUCCUGGCUGAUGACUCCGGAUGAAUACUAUCUGAUGUGGAUCAUCGCUGAUCUCAUUUCAUUUCUCAUCAUCAUAGGAGUGUUCAUAUUCCAGAACUAUCACAUGAUCAGGUGGCGCUUUGGGAGCAUCCGGACGUACAACCCGGAGCAGAUCAUGCUCAGCGCUGCUGUCCGGCGGUCCAGCCGGGACGUCAACAUCAUGAAAGAGAAGCUCAUCUUUUCAGAAAUCAACAGCGGAGUGGAAAUGACGGACGAGCUCUCCCUCUGCUCCGACAACGGCUACGCCAAUGAGGUCGUGACCCCUAUGGACCAUCGAGAGGUCAAGCUCCGCAUUGACUGAGGCUGCUGGUUCGGGAAGGAGCUGGUGGUCUCCAUAACCCUAUAUACACCCCCCGCAAUCCAAAAAUACCCCAACUCACUCCUUGGUGCAAGCGGCUCUUUUGCGAGCUGCCCGGGACUCGGACUCCCUUCUCCCCGACUCUUCAUGCAAUGGACUUUGUGAGGGUGGCCUGGUGCCUCUCCAGAAACUGAAGCUGAGCUGGGUUUCUUCAGAACACUUUUUGUUGUUGUAAAUACGCCCCCCUUUUUUGUGUCCUUUUUCUUGCCCACAGCUGGGGGUGGGUUGGGUGGGUUGGUGGGGAGCGAUGGGCCUGUCGAUGAGGAGAAAACAGGCGACCGGACAUGGUGCCUCCCAAUUGUCUUGGGCAUCAUGGCAGGCCGGUGGUGGAACCAACCCUGUUGUCUCCUCUCCUCCUCUCUUUGGUGCAGCGAUUCUUAGCUGAACUUAUUUAAAGAUGGAUGUUGUGAAA